AAAAGAAAAACCUUCGCACCGGCAAAAGAAGCAACGUAUGGAGAAGAAUGAAACACGAUCGGCUAAGUUGUUGGAUCUUGAUGUUCUUGACUGUCCGAUUUGCUUCGAGCCACUCACUAUACCUACCUUUCAGUGUGAUGAUGGACAUCUAGUUUGCAAUUUUUGCUUUGCCAAAGUGAGUAGUAACAAGUGCCCUGGUCCUGGGUGUGAUUUACCCAUUGGUAACAAGCGAUGCUUCUCAAUGGAGAAGGUUCUUGAAUCAGCCUUUGUCCCAUGUCCAAAUGCUGAGUUUGGCUGCACAGAGAGUUUCUCUUAUGGGAAAGUGUCAAGUCAUGAAAAGGAAUGCAACUACUCUCAAUGCUCUUGCCCUAACCUCGAAUGCAAUUACACUGGCUCAUACAACAUCAUCUACGGUCACUUUAUGCGUAGCCAUCUUUACAAUAGUACGAUCUAUUCCUCUAUAUGGGGAUAUUCCUCUGUUGAUGUCCGGAUAAACAUCAACGAAAAGGUUUUUGUCCUCUGGGAAUCUCUUCAGAAACUAUUGUUUGUGGUUCAGUGUUUCAAGGAGCGACAUGGUGUUUAUGUUACUGUUAGACGCAUUGCACCAUCUGCUUCAGAAUUAAAGAAGUUCUCGUAUUGUCUGUCGUAUAGUAUCGAUGGACACAAUGUUACUUACGAAUCACCAGAAGUGAAGAGGCUUCUUGAAGUGAAUUCUCAAAUCCCUGAUGAGAGUUUCAUGUUUGUCCCUAUCUGUUUAUUGCGUGGUGAAAUGUUGGAGUUGAAGCUUGGCGUCAAAAAGUUGAAACAAAAGUAACUAAAUCUAGUUUGGUUUGGGGUUACGAGACGUUCUGUUUUUUGUUUUUGUUUGUUUUAGUUCUCUGUUUAAGAACCUUUGUACUUCUGUAGUACUCCACUCUUGAAUUUAUUGAUGUUGUUGUUUUGAGCUAUAAUCCAAAAGAUUCCUGGUUUGGUUCCGGUUCGGUUUUGUACGUUUGGAAAUCAUUUUGAGUAAUAUAUAGUAGGAUUUAUACUAAUAUAAUGUUCUUGUUGAU